AUGAAAGGGUUACAGCUUGGUUCAUCAAUUCGUACUCAGAAUCAUGAAGGUAUUGUACGGUAUAUCGGUAACACAAGUUUUUCUGAAGGUAACUGGAUCGGUGUCGAGUUGACGCACGGAAUAGGAAAGAAUGACGGCUCUGUUAAUGGAAAACGAUACUUUCAUUGUGCUCCUGGAAAGGGCCUUUUUAUUCGGCCACAAAAAAUUCUGGAAAUUGUAGCAUCAAAACAGAAACUUGCAAAAGAAAGAAAACACUCAGAUGUUCGACGGCUUUCAUUCUCCAGGAACAGUUCUGUACCGAGGAAAACUGCUUCUGCGGUAACUGACAAUAGUCCAAUUACACUAGCUAGUGCUCAAGCUACCGUAGAAAAAACUGAAGAUGAAAACGUAGCACAGUUACCAAAAGAUGCAUCUGUACCAAAACCGAGCACAGAGGAAGGUUCAACAGACGGACUCAUUAGGUUGAAACAGUACAAGGAGCAGAUUGAGGUUCUACAACAAAAGAAUGAAGCGACAUCUCUAAAGUUGAAGUCCCUUGAAAAGGAACUCGCAGAAAACGAAGUAUGGAGGGCUGUUCGUCCGAAACUUCAGGCAAAAUUAGCUUCAAUGCAAGAAACGAUUGAUACUCUGCAAAAGAGCAUUCGUAAACAUCAGACCUCUGAAACGGCGCUUGUUGUGAAACAACAGGAAUUGAAAGAUAUGUUGGAACUAGUCACACUUGACAAGGAGCUGGCAGAAGAACGUGUGGAACAACUUACGGAUGAAUUGGACAGAGUCCAAAUGAAGUUGGUCAAAUUAGGAGACGAGCUUGCAACUCUCCAAAAUCAGACGGAUGCCUUGUCUUCAGUGGAUUUUGCAAGCUCUCAUUCGGAAGAUGCGUGGAUACAACUUGAGACUCAAAACAUGCAGUAUCAUGAUGCGCUUGUGCUUCUGAAAAAAAUAACGAAGGAGAAAGAAGAAAAGCUAAGACAGGAACUGUUGAAUGCCCGGGAACAGAUUUCCUGUCAAACUGCAGAAUUGCAGGAUAACAAAAACAUUAAGCAGGAGUUACAGCUCGCCGAGGAAAAAGUUGCUUACUUACAAGAACAAGUGGAUGCCAAUUACGGACAAUCGGAAAUGAUGGAAGAACUUGUGGAAAACAACAUUGCCUUGAAGACUCGUAUAGAAGAACUGGUUGCCGAAAUCAGUACAACUGCUAGUAAAGAAAAUCAAUUUGUACACACAGAGGCCGAGUACUUGGAGAAGGAGCUGUUACUGAAGGAAGAAAUUGAGCACAAGAAUACUCAGCUUGAUGAAUUGGAAUCCUUUUUAGAUGAACAAAUAGAGGAUAUUGAUCACCUUGAAGAGGGCAUCAAAAAACUAACUGAAGCAUCCAGAGGCUUACGCGAGGAAUUGAACGAACGUGACCAACAAGUGGAAAGACUCAAAGUGCUUCUUGCAGAUGCAUUCACACAAGAGAAAAAACAAUUUCUUGAACAAAAGAUUGCACAACUAGAGCACGAACUUUUAGUUGCUCGAUUAGAAAAAGACGUUGCCAUAGUCAGCAACGAGUGUACCAACAGGAAGAAGGUUCUCAUGGAACAAGUUCCGUUGAAUACCGUUCUUUCUCUUAACACAGAUGCCUAUUUCCACUUAUUGCUCGUGCGAAGCAUGUGUCAGUUAUUUCAAAAGGCACAGUCAAACGGCUUGUUUGCCUUGUAUCAUGAGUUGGCUUCUUCCUCAGAACGUCAACUGUUGGAGACAAUAUGCUGUCGUCUAGAACGCACAAUUUGCUGGACAAACACUCUCAUUCUAGCCAUUGACUCAUCACCAAAGGAAGAGACUUUGUUCACCGUUGUUACUUUGAAUCAAACUAUUCAGCGACUGACCGACUUUUUAGCACAAGCGUUUAACUGCAUCUGUUUACAAACUUCCUGGCUGGCAAAGUUUUCGGAAGGUUUGCAAAAGAAUACCCUUGCGUUUGCGCAAGCGAGCAUAGAGCUGGGUGAGAUCAUGGCUCCAUUUUUACUCCAUUUGUACAUUCAUGAUAUCUUGUCAUUAAUUCGUGAAUACAUAAACAUUUCUACGGAACACGCGAUUCAAGAUACGGAGACACAGACACGAAUUCGUUCCUUGCAGUCUGUCUGCCUAAGUAUCCAAACGGCCUUAGAAAGCAGACAUAAGUCUCGCCAGAUAAUUACAACAACGCAAAAGACAGCAACAAUGUUGGGCGAACUAGCAAGCUACCGACAUGAGCUAUUGUCCGCAUCGCAAUCACAGGGGGUUGAGAAAUUGCUCCACUCAUCACAUUGGCAGACACUCGAACAAUUAGUCUACGAUGAUGCCAAUUACAUGCCCGUGAGCGAAUCCAAAAGCACCUGGGAAGAAAGAUGCUUGUGUGCUCUCGAAGCAACAUCCCAGGAGUCUAUACAACCGGCCAGUCCAGGCGCAACAGAAACCUAUCCUUCUGUGCCUGCUUGUCCAUCUAUGGAAGUCGAGUCUUCUGCGUCCCAAACACCCGAAGCUCCUACAACAACGAUUCCGGAUACCCAAUCGUCCACGAAUUCAUUAAUAAACAAACAACAGAGCCUCACAGCACCAAAGUCGCCCACACCGACCGCUAGUGCUGCGCCUAACGAAGUCACCGAUGUAGUGAACGCUACAGCGCUCGCUACUACCGCUACUGUCGCCGCCGUUUCUCCUUACGCAGUGCCCUCUUCAGGGUCUUCAGUCACGGAAAAAUUACUAGAAGAGGCCCAGUCGCUGCUGUCUAAAGUCGUGCUUCAGACCAAACCUGAAGACCCGAGCAUUUCAGAUUUAGAUUGGCUCAACGAAACAAUUCUUCCACAACACAAUCUGCAGCACCCCAUUUCGGUCCUCCACAACUCAUUGCCCGCCAUGAAGGCAAUUCGAGAGCUCGCAGAUAGCAUCUGUGGCCAGCCAUUUUCAGUUGAAUGUCAAUUGCUCCGGAGCUGGACACCGCAAUCUCAGCGCCCUUCACAUAGACAUUUCAAGCAUCUCCAGCAAUACGAACGGCUGAAGCAAAUGCUGAGAACUGCACUUUAA